ACCUCAAAACUCUAUCAAAACAAACAGCACGUGCGUUUUAAGGCUCUAUAUUGAAAAUAAAUUUUCUAAAAAAAAAUCAGGAAAAGCUCGAAAAAUCGUGAAAAUGGUGAAAAAGAAGAUAGAUAAUCGCAUACGUGUGAUGAUAGAGAAUGGUGUCAAGUUGGGGCAUCGAACAAUGUUCAUCAUCAUCGGGGAUAAAGCAAGAGAUCAAGUCCCUAUUCUCUAUGAUAUGCUAACAAAGUCCACAACCAAAGCCCGCCCUACGGUGUUGUGGUGCUACAAGACGAAAGAUGAGGCAAUUUCGAGUCAUGGGAAGAAGCGCUCGAAGAAAAUUCAAUCAGGAAAGAUUGAUCUCAAUGAAGCGGAUCUCUUUGAUGUUUUCCGUAUUUCGACAACAAUUCACGGGCGAUACUAUUCAGACACUCAUACAAUCCUUGGUAGAACCUAUGGGGUUUGUGUUCUACAGGAUUUUGAAGCCCUGACGCCGAAUUUGCUGGCCAGGACGGUUGAAACAGUUGAGGGGGGUGGUAUGAUUAUUCUGCUGCUCAAGAAGAUGUCCUCCCUCAAGCAACUCUACACAAUGAGCAUGGAUGUGCACAAGAGAUACCGCACAGAGGCACAUCGCGAUGUAACUUGUAGAUUCAAUGAGAGACUCAUUUUGUCCCUUGCUGAUUGCCGGAGGUGUUUGCUGAUGAAUGACGAUCUCACAGUGCUGCCAUUUAGCUCAAAGACAGCUGAUGUGACCCCCGUAGACGUAGCCUGUAUUCCCAAAUCGGCAAAUGAUGAAGCUCUGGCUGAACUCAAAGAGAGUCUCAGUGAUACCCCACCAGCUGGUCCUCUCGUGAAACUCUGCAAAACCUACGAUCAAGCAAAGGCAGUGGCACAAUUCAUUGAUGCUCUGGCUGAGAAACAACUCAAACCUCCAACAUCCUUGACAGCUUCUCGAGGAAGGGGAAAGUCUGCUGCAAUGGGAUUGGCAAUUUCAGCAGCUAUCGCCUUUGGUUACGUAAAUGUGUACGUAACUUCCCCUCAUCCGGAGAAUUUGAUCACCCUCUUUGAGUUUAUCCUCAAAGGGUUCGACGCACUCGAAUAUCAGGAACAUCUGGACUACACAAUCAUCCGGAGUACAAAUCCGGACUUCAAGAAAGCCAUCAUUCGCAUCAAUAUCACCCGGAAUACGCGACAAACCAUUCAGUACGUCUCUCCACUUGACAGCCAUUUAGUCAAUGCAGCGGAUUUGCUUGUGAUUGAUGAAGCAGCUGCAAUCCCCCUGCCGAUUGUCAAGAAGAUGUUGGGGCAGUAUUUGGUCUUUAUGGCAUCCACGAUUAAUGGGUACGAAGGAACGGGCAGAUCAUUGAGCUUGAAGCUCAUUUCGCAACUUCAGAAGGACAGCAAUGCACCACCACCAAUAAAACUCGAAGAAUCCAUUCGAUACAGGCCAGGGGAUGAUGUAGAAAAUUGGCUGACUUCUCUUCUCUGCUUGGACGCCACGGUGGUUCCACCACUGAAUAGUGGAUGUCCUCCUCCGGACUCCUGUGAGCUCUACUACGUCGAUCGAGAUGCUCUAUUUUCCUACCACAAAGCCGCAGAAGCCUUCCUGCAGCGAAUUGUCUCCAUCUAUGUGUCUUCACACUACAAAAACAGCCCGAAUGACAUUCAAAUGAUGAGUGACGCUCCAGCGCAUCACUUGUUCUGUCUCUUGGGGCCAAUUACAAAGAAAGACGCUCUGCCGGAAGUUCUAGUGGUUAUUCAGGUGUGCCUGGAGGGAGAAAUCUCCGUGGCUACGGUGCAGGAUUCAAUGGCACGCGGGAAGAAGGCUGCAGGAGACCUAAUCCCAUGGAUUGUAUCCGAGCAGUACAACGACGUAAACUUCCCGAAACUCGCUGGAGCACGAAUAGUCCGCAUAGCCACACAUCCCAACUACCAGGGCAUGGGAUAUGGCAAGAGGGCCGUAAAGCAGCUGAAAAACUACUACGAAGGGAAGUUUGUCUCACUCAGUGAGGAUCAGGAGGAAUAUGACGAGGAGGACAAUGGUAUUGAGGUAGUAGACGACGAGGGGCUCCUCAGGGAGAACAUUACUCCCCGAAAGAAGGUUCCAACGCUCCUUAAACGGCUCUCAGAGCGUCGUCCUGAAAAAUUGGAUUACAUUGGAACAUCCUAUGGGCUCACAUUGGAAUUGCUGCGAUUCUGGAAGAAGUUCUCCUUUGUCCCUGUGUACCUCAGUCAGAAGGAGAAUGAUCUCACUGGAGAACAUUCGUGUAUAAUGAUUACUCCCCUUUCAACGGAUAAAACAGCCUCAGAUUCAUGGAUUUCAGCGUAUUUCUUCGAUUUCCGCCGGAGGAUUUUGAAGCUUCUCGGGAAGAGUUUUCAAUCCUUCACCUCAUCCCUCGCACUCUCCAUAAUCCACAACCCAGCUGCCUCAAAGUCCGCUCUUGCGGAGAAGAUUACUCUAACAGCCAUCAAUACUUUCUUCCUCCCACACGACAUUCAGCGCUUGGAAGCUUAUUCGCGGAAUCAGGUGGAGUAUCGCCUGAUUGUGGACCUCACGACAGAUCUGGGAAUGCUUUACUUCCAGAAUAAACUCGAUGGGAUUGAUACAAUACAGCAAGCCAUCCUCCUCGCUAUUGGACUACAGAAUAAAUCAAUUGACACCGUGGCAGAAGAGCUGAAUAUGCCCGUUAAUCAGAUCCUGGCUAAAUUCUACAAUGCCAUCAAGAAGCUCACAAAGCAGAUUGUCGAUGUGAUGGAGAAUAAGGUGGAAGAGGAGUUAACAAGUAAGGAAAUGAAGCGAGACACAGCGGGGAUGGAGCCUGUGAAGGAAUCCCUGGAGGAUGAACUAACCACAGCAGCCAAGGAGUUGGAGAAGAAGCAAAAGAAAGAGCUGAGUCGACUGAAGAAGGAGAAUCUUUCGCAGUACGCCAUCAAGGGGACUGAAGAGGAAUGGGGGAAGGCAUUGGCAGCCAAUAAAUCUUCAAUUAUCUCCGUGAAGAGUGGCGAGAAGAGAUUGGGCGAAAAUGACGAAGCUCUGGAGGAAUUGCAGGAGCCAACAAAGAAGCGGAAGAAGAAAUCAAAAAAGACCCUUGGCUAAAGGGAAAUUAAUUAAUUGAUAAGAAUUUAUUGUUGUAAGAACUUUUAAAUAAAGAAAAGUUACUCAAAGAGAAAUGAGUUGAAAAAAUACGAGUUGUUUAGUUGAUUUUGACGAUAGUUUACUCGUCUUUGUAAAAUGCGAGUACGUCGAGUACAACAGGGGUGUAGUCAAGGUGGGUUUUUUGUGUGUCUGAAUACCCCGUAAAAAUUCAGGGAGUUUAAGUUUUUUAUUAGAGAUCAAAUCAAAUUAUUUUCAUACUAAAAAUUACUUUAAAAAAUUAAACGUUUAAAAACAUAAUUUGCAAAUUUGAAAAAAAACGUCGAACUUUAGAAAACAAUCGUCAAAUGUUAGCAAAUAAAACGCUAAGGGUUGAAGAACCUUCAAACAUACAAAAUUAGCAUUAAACGUUCAAACAGAAAUGUAAAACGUUUUUUAAAAAAAAAAUAUUAAGUCUUUUUAAAUCUGUUUCCGACGUUUUUAAAAUCAAAAAAAAAACAUCAAAACACCUCCUUGAGAUUUCUAGUUUGAUGACUAAUACUUUAAGUUUUGUUGUCAAUUCUGUUGAAAAUCUUUUCUUACAACUUAAAAAUCAAAAAAAUUUGACAGUUUGAGCUUGCAAAUCUUUCUGUCAUGGUGAUAAAAAAUAAUAUACUGAAGAAUCAGUAUAGAAUCAUAAAAAAAAUAUUCUUUUAAUGAGUAAAGAAACAAAAUUUUUCAUAAAAUUUUUGAAAUCUUUCAGCUUUCAUAGUGUAAGACAAGACGAAAUUUUUGACAGAAUCGACCCCUCAUUGACUUGUGCGAACAAUUCGCUCACACUUGAGUGAUGCGAAUAAUUUUUCUGUGUGUAUUGAAAGAAAACAAAUUAUUUUGAUUUUUAAAAUUAUAUUUUAUACAUAAAAUCAAUAAAAUAGCAAUUUAAUAGCUGCAAUUUAAUUUGUCUUUAAGUAUAUCAUCAUAGGGAAUAAAUUUGGUAUGUAUAAUAAUAUAAUUGAUCAGUGUAGUAAUAAAUCAAUGAUAUAUCACCUACAUACUACAUAAAGAAUCGAUUUUCUCCUUUAUCUUUUUAUUUAACAUUUCUUUUUAAUUAAUAUUGUUCCUCGUCUUUUUUUAACGUUUUGUUAGUUAUUUCGAUAUCUAUGUAGUAAUCUAACUCUUGCAUUUUUCUGAAGCCUGUAGAAUUUUCUUUUCCAUUCAACUUUCAAUACUAUUUUCUUAUUUUUCAUUCAACUAUUUUUAUAUUUUUAAAAAAAUAUGGGCGGAUUGCUGAUUAAAUUCAUUUCUGCAUGACGCAUUCUUGUACCCAAAAUACUCAUUUUGCGACAGAAGAACAAUCUGUGGAUGAGUUCCCUCAAUAACGCUAUAUACUCUGCAUGCAAUCUUUCUCCGUGAAUAUUUCUAAAUAUUUUUUUUUACCAAUUUUAAUAGCCAAAUUCAUUAAAUUUCUUUUAAAUUUUGAAUACCACUAUCAACAAUGUAAAAUCUUGUUUUCUCGCUUAAACAAUUGGCUUUCUUUUUUUUUUAAAUCUUCGUCCAAAAGGCACAAUUUAUUCUUAAUAUUUAUUUACAAUUGCUUUUGUGAAAUUUUUUCUUACAAUUUGAUUUUCUUACUAAAAAAAAGGAAAAAUGUUUUUUUUCUAAUAUUAUUUUCAAGAGAAUAUCCCCUCAACUAACAAAUAGUAUAAUACCAUCCUACAUACAUUUAAAUUUUCACAAUCUAAAUAUCUUCGCAGUUUUUUUCUCAUCUCCCCGCGGAAAAAGGCAGAACGGGGAAAGAUAAUUUUUCUUGUAUUUUCUUUCUUCUUUUUUUUUUU